AUGGCGGAGUUCUCGCCCCGCCACCGGGUAAUCAACUCCUAUCGGUGGGACGUCGAGCGCCUCCUCGGCCGCCUUAUAGUCAUCAUCCCUGCCACCUUCGUCGACGCCUGCUUCGUGCACUCUCUAGAAGCAAGCCGUGUUGCCGGAAGCGGCCGCCGCGCCUCGCUGAAGGCCGCGUGGACGGUGCACAUCUACCAGGGUGAGGGCGACGCCGUGUACCUGCUCCUCCACAGCGCCGCCUACGGCCGCUACCUCGCCGCCACGGCCAGGCGCGCGCCGCUCGGGCUCGGCCACAACGGCUUUCGCGCCGAGCAGCGCAACUACGAUGAGCCGGACGUGCAGGCCAUCAUGUGGGAGGCCGUCGGGGCGGGCUCCGGUGACGACGUCAUGCUCCGCAACGUCGGCGGCUGCUACCUCCGCGCCAACGGCAGGUACCUCCGCUGGAACACCGGCGUCAGCGUCGAGGACAUGGACAGAGUCACCAACAUGGCGCGCUGGAUCGUCGAGCCCAUCCCCGCCAGAGAGGCGGGCAUGCCUGACCUUCCUGGCCCGCCCAACCGCGUCCUCUACAUGGUGCUCGGCCAGGCGUGGCGGACGAUCGUGUUCGUGCGAGCGAACGCCGAGGGGUUCUACGACGAGGGCAACUGGCACAUCUUCCCUUUCAGGGGGAGGUCCGUGAACCACCUGAGGAACGAGCUGGCGGACCGCAUCGCCUUCAUCGACGGCCAGUACCCCGACGGCAUCGCCAUGUGCGUCCGGGCGGGCCUCUACGGGAGGCCGACUCCACUCGUCGUCGAUCUGCCCCGCUACUCUGGCCACGCCGAGGCCCACCAGAUUGUCGUGAUGAUGUCCGGGACCCCUGCGUACGAUGAGCUGCGAUACCCUGAUGUCAACGCAAUAUAG